AUGAGAUGGAGUUCACGUAUAAAAAGCCAUGUCGAAACUGUGGACGGUGCAUUCUUCCACAAAUUUCAGAUCCUCCACCACACAGAUAUGAAUUUAACGUUUGCAUUCUUUUGCAUAAUGGCAGUCGCCUGGUUAUGUUCCGGAAAAUGCGAUGCUGCUCCUGAACUCGCCAAUAAUAUUUAUCGGAAAUUCCGAAGUCGCCCUUUAAUUCGAGGAUAUACCGUGGAAAAUCCUUUCGGAGAAGGUUUCGAUGAUUAUGGGCACAUGAGAUUUGGAAAACGGGAACAAUUCGACGAUUAUGGUCAUAUGCGAUUCGGAAGGCGUCACGAAUGAAUAGUUAUGGCAGUUAACGAUUAUAGAUGCAAUUCUGUAGUGAUGUUUCACUGUUGUUGCUACAAGAGUCACUUUAUUUAGACUCUAGACAAAAUAUAUUUUACAUCCCAGA